CCCGGCGCGGCGGCUGGGUGGGACCGCGGAGCGCGCGAGUCGCCGUGUGAGGAGACGACGGCGAGGUUGGACUGGGGACUGACUGCGAACAAGUGGUGACGCGGAUACAGCCGAGAGGGACUUCAGAAGGCUCGGCAGUGUCAGACCCGGCGGACGAUAUGACGACCCGCCAGACCUUCAGCAUCGUCGACUACUGCGUGUUCGGAGGUGUUCUCCUCUUAUCGUUGCUCAUCGGCGUCUACCAUGCCAUCCGCGGCAAGCAUACGAACGAAGACCUGCUGCUCGGUGGCAGGAAGAUGUCCAUCAUACCGGUGGCCGUCUCCAUCAUGGUCAGCUUUCUGUCAGCCAUCCUCAUUCUGGGCUCGCCGGCGGAGAUGUACAUGAACGGCGCGCAGUACUGGAUCUGCGUGCUGGCCUACGCCGCCCUCCUGCCGGCCGUGGCCAUCCUCUUCGUGCCCAUCUUCUACCGCUGUGGCAUCACCACCGUCUACGAGUACCUCGAGUUCAGGUUUGAAAACAAUGUCCUGCGAGCUCUGUGCGUGCUGAUCUACCUCGUCCGGACGUCCCUCUACAUGGCCAUCGCACUCUACGCUCCCAGCCUCGCUCUCAGCUUCACCACCACUCUGUCCCUGGAGGCCAGCAUCAUCGGCACGGCAGUCGUCGGCACCCUCUACACCACGUUCGGAGGUCUGAAGGCCGUGGUCUGGGCUGAUGUUCUGCAAGCUAUCGUCAUGGCCGCUGGAAUGGUGGCCAUCAUCAUCCAGGGCGCCAUCAACGUGGGAGGCUUCACCAAUAUCUUUUAUAUCAACGCAGAACACCAGAGAAUGACAUUCUUUGACUUUACCCUCAACCCUUGGCAAAGGCACAACUUCUGGAACCUGUUCUUCGGCACUCUGUUUCUUUGGACGACCGUGUUCGGCGUAAAUCAAAGCUCCAUACAGCGCUACCUUAGUCUGCCUACCCUCAGGGCCGCCAAAGUGGCGUGUCUUCUUAAUGCUCCGGCCAUUAUUCUGUACAUUACGCUGGCAUGCCUGACCGGCCUUGCCAUCUUCGCCACGUACGCCGACUGCGACCCGCUCAAGAUGGGUCUCAUUGAGAAGAAGGAUCAGCUGGUGCCCUACUUCGUGUUGGACCAGAUGUCCUACAUCACGGGUCUGCCGGGCCUCUUUGUGGCCUGCAUCAUGUCUGGAGCGCUCAGCACUAUCUCGUCCGGCCUCAACUCGCUAGCAGCCAUCACCUGGCAGGACUUCCUCAGCAACAUCAGCUUCUUCAAAGACAUGUCGGAAGUCAGGCAGUCGUGGACAACACGCCUUAUUAGUUUAUUGUACGGCUGUCUGGCUAUUGGCUUGGCCUUUAUGGUCAGCCAACUGGGAGGAGUGCUCCAGGCGUCGCUGGCCAUUAAUGGAGCCCUCAGCGGUCCAAUUCUGGGCGUCUUCUGUCUGGGGAUAUUUGUGCCGUUUUCCAAUGGCAAGGGUGCGGUGGUCGGUAUGCUGACCGCCGGCGCCAUCAGCACGUGGGUGGUGUUCGGCGCCUACGGCUCGGGAAAGCGACCCGAGCCGCUGCCCACCUCCAUCGCCGGCUGCACCGGCAACAUGACGUCGCUUGUCUCGUCCACCACGCCGCCACCCAUUGACACCAGUCCAGUGCCAGCAGUGGAAGAGGAUGAAAGCUUUCUCCACCAAUACUUUUACGGCAUCUCGUACCAGUUGUACAACAUGAUCGGCUGCCUCAUGUGCGUCAUCAUCGGCUCCAUCGUCAGCCUGUUAACAGGAUGCAAUCGACGGGAGGUGAGCGAAUCGCUGGUGAACCCCCUCGCUUACAAGCUCUUCAACUGGAUCAACCGCUUCACACGUGACGAUUCCUCCGACCCGCGAUAUGCCGCCGACAACCCCAUCUUCACCAUGCCCACGUACAAGCAGACUGAGGCGAACUGAUAUCAUUUCGUUGUUGAAUCACAUGUGAUGUCACUAACCAACCGAACAAAAGCCCGUUGGCCAGCCGCGAAAGUGUGCGACUAACCUGGCAGAUGGCAGCACCAUCUCCCACGCGAGCGCCGGCACCGCGCGGACUUAACGCGGAUGGCUGGCCAUGUACAUCCAGCGUGCACGCUAUUGGUAUUCUACGAAUCCACAACGGCGUGCAAGUUCCGCGAGAGCCAACACGCCGCGUGCGAUGUGUGGGCACCUGCGGACGAUGUGCUCUGCCAUGCCGUGGUUGGCCUGGCAGGAAGGAUGAUGCGUUUGGGUGUAGCGGCUGGUACUCGUGGUGGUCGGCUGUGUGUGUGUGUGAUUGCUUGUCAUUAAACGAUGUUCGCACAAAAACUGGCGUCUGUGGUGGAAAUGGGAGGCGUUCGAGCAUGGUUGUGAGAAUAAACAAAGU